AGUGAUACCUGACCUACCACCAAAGGAUACUUGUCACUUAUACUUCAUACAAUCUUAACUCACAGGAGAACAUGGCUCCUAGAAUGAGAGAACUGAUAGAAGCUGGAGAGAAAUUUCUACAACAUCUAAAUGACACAGGCAGAAUGAAUGUCACCAGUAAAGAAGAACUGAGAAGUAUCUAUGGUGAAUUCAAAAUACAACAUGGCCCUCUACCAAAUUUUUCAUCUGUUAUCUAUGGCCUUAAAGAGACAGGAAAAGCUUUUGUAAGACGAAACUCUAUUCAUCUGAGAAAGGUUGUAAGGAGAAGAUCAAGAUUGGCUGAUCAGUAUAUAGCUAUUCAACAUCGACAAGACCAGGUACCAUUACCCACUCAGCCUGGUCAGGAUGGGAACAACUAUACAAGAAAAGAAGCACAAAGAAUAAUUCAGUGGAUGAAGGAGAACCGGCAGGAGUUCAUCCAAAGCAAGAAUGGAAUUGUAAUUAAGUCAGGCUAUGAUCUCACAGAUGGUCGGAUAAGAUUUCCCCUGCAAGUCAAUGAACCUAAGACUGUGACUGUUUCUAUUGACAAUACAUCUGAUGAAGCCGUGACAUUUGUCCAGUACAAACUUCUGCGUAAGAUGCGGGUGUUUUCACUUCAAGAUGAACAACAGAUAUCUGCUGUCAAUACUAAAAUUUUGAAUCCAGGAGAUGUAUAUGAUGUUUCUGUGACGGCUGAAACGGCUUAUUACGGCUAUUUCCCUGUAACUAUUGUAUUUCAAUUCACAAGAGGAAAUGUGGAGUUCAUGGAGAAAUUUCUUAUUGGGAGGUUCAUCUCUGCAGUUUCUAACAGUAGAUUAGCUGAUGACCUGGCACCAACUUCCAGAUACACCCCCUAUCAAAGGAAUCUUACAAGGACCUUGGAAAGAAUUGAGGAUGAUGGAAUCCAACCUGACAGGUCUGUAGCCUAUUCCUUAGAAAAGGAGAUUCCACUUGGUAAUUUUCCUGUACCUUCAUACCUGAGAGAUGAUAUAAGAAAUGGACUGUUCUCCAGCAGAUCUACAUGGUCUGGACUCAAGUUAUUUCUUCAGCCCCUACUACGACUACCCCUUUUGUCUGCUUUCGGAGGGCAACGCCUGGGGUCCAGCAUAUCCAGGAACUUGCUGAUCUCAACCCUAGAGUUUAGCAACUAUCCCGAUAAAUUUCACUUGCUGCUACACCUAGAAGAGAUACAAAUGGAGAUUGACAUCCGGAAAUACGACAAAGAACGACAGACAAUGGAAAGAGACAGAAAUCUCCUAAUUCUUGAUGUGCCGGGGGUAGCUGAAAACCGCCCUUCAGUAUUAAAGGGAGAUCACCUUUUUGUCACUCUGUCAAAUGAACCUGAAUCCCCAUCUAAAGUCAGCUACAAGGGUUAUGUGCAUGGUGUCGAGCUGGAGAGAGUCAAACUUGGAUUUUCUCAAAAUCUUUUGCAGAAAUUUAUUUCAGGAAUGCUGUUUGAUGUCACAUUUACUUUUAACCGCAUGCCGCUGAAGGUUCAACAUCGGGCAGUUGACUUGGCCAAAAAGAGAAACCUGCAAGAAUAUCUGUUCCCAACUGGAGCACGCCAGCAAUGUAUUGUGAAUACAGACAACCUGAGACUGUAUGACCAAAAUCUUGAGAAUAACCAAGAACAGUACAUGGCAGUAAAGCAGAUUGUGAGUGGAUUCUCCAGACCAGCUCCCUAUCUCAUAUUUGGUCCACCAGGCACUGGAAAAACUGUAACUUUGGUGGAGGCCAUCAAACAGGUACUAAAGAAUAUCCCUGAGUGUCGUGUCCUAGCAUGUGCGCCAUCGAACAGCGCGUCAGAUCUGAUCUGUGAGCGCUUGAUGAAACACAUAGAUAAGAAAGAUAUUUACAGGAUGAUGGCCAGCAGCAGAGAUUUCCGUUUUGUUCCAGAAAUGAUCAAGCCCUGUUGUAACUGGAAUGAUACAACCCAGGAAUAUGAAUAUCCUUGCAAAAGUAAGCUUAUGGAAUACAAGGUUAUCAUCACAACUCUUAUUACAGCCGGAAGGCUUGUUUCUGCGCAGUUCCCAGAUGGCCAUUUUACCCAUGUGUUUAUUGAUGAAUCUGGACAUGCAGUAGAGCCUGAGUGUGUAACAGCUAUAGCAGGUAUUCUGGAUGUGACAAAAGGAGGGCAGUUGGUUCUGGCUGGUGAUCCACAGCAGCUAGGCCCAGUGUUAAGGGCUCCAUUUGCCAUUGAGCACGGAUUAAGUCUUUCAUUGCUGGAAAGACUAAUGACUCAAAAUCCACUGUAUGAAAAAUCCAACGGAGCUUACAAUCCUCAAUUUGUCACCAAGUUACUGCUGAAUUACAGGUCCCAUCCUGACAUUCUCUCUGUUCCAAAUGAACUUUUUUAUGAUAAUGAGCUCCAAGCCAAGGCUGAUGAAAUGGUCACACGUGUAUACUGCAACUGGGAGAAGCUUCCAAAGAAGAACUUUCCACUCAUAUUCCAUCAUGUGCUCGGGAAAGAUGAACGAGAAGGGAACAGCCCAUCCUUCUUCAAUGUACAUGAGAUAGAGGUUCUGGUGUCUUAUCUCCGUGACUUGCUGGAGACACAAGGAAAGAAAGGCAUAGCCAAAAUUUCUCCCAAAGAAAUUGGCAUAAUUGCUCCUUAUAGAAAGCAGGUGGAAAAAAUUCGGAAAGCCAUUGAUAAAGAAUUCAGAGCUGUAACUAACAUUAAAGAUCUUAAGAUUGGAUCUGUGGAAGAGUUCCAGGGUCAGGAACGGAGAGUGAUCCUUAUAUCUACAGUGCGGAGUUCUAUGGAUUAUGUCAAACUUGACGAAGACUUCAGUCUUGGAUUUUUAAAAAACCCUAAGAGGUUUAAUGUCUCCAUUACAAGGGCUAAAGCUCUCUUAAUCAUGAUUGGCAAUUCCAUCAUCCUACGAAAAGAUCCAAAUUGGUCUCGAUUUUUGAAGUUUUGCUGUGAUAAAGGUGGUCAUCGUGGCUUCCAAGCUGAUGACCUUGAAGAUCUGGAUGACACAGAACUUGCAGACCUUUUUGGAAACAUGAAUGUUAAUGAACCACAACCUAGUGAACCGAGUGGCGAGAGCGUAGUACAGCAGCAGGGAGAGCCAGCAUGGAGACAUGAACAUUAACUUAUCCUUGCUGAUGAUGACACUCAUAGGAGAUCUGCACACAGUCCUAUUUUUGCUUUCGGACUGAAGCCUGCUAUAGUUUUUAUAUAUAGCCCAAGCAGUCUUUUUUAUUUUUUUUGACAAUUUUUUUUAUGACUGCAUUAAAUUAUAUGUGAUUUUUCCAAGUAAAAUGUCCUCUUGAUAAGUUGAUGAAAAUGUUAUUUGUCGUUCCAAGAACAGGUAUAAUUCUUAUAGCAAGAUCAACCAGAUUUCUCAGACUCCAAAGCUGGAUAGUUUAUGGCUUAUAGAAGCCUAUUUGUCUGUAGGUUUGCUGUUUCUUAUUGUAGGAAGCCGGAUGAACCUAUGUGGCCUAACUGGUGGUCACCAAACUUUCCAUGAAUACAUUUGACAUAUACAUAAAUAGUGCAUCUGCAGCGUUAUUCAUGUUUGUAAAAAUACCAAACUUUAUUAAAGUCAAUGGGGUCUGUCAUAAUUCACCAGAA